UUUCCUCCACAGGCUGCGCCCCCGCCCCCACUUCCUCCUGCCAGGCCCCACGGCCCCUGGCUCAGCUUUGCCCCACAGCACCCCUCCCCACAGGCCCACCCCCAGCCAGUCUCCGGGCCUCCACCCAGCCAUGGGCCCUGGCGGGUCCGCCUCUUCCACGGCCGAGAGGUGAGUUUACAGGAUUCGCAGUCCUUGGAUGGCUGUAUCCAGAGCACCCUGUCGGCGCUGUAUCCUCCCUUUGAGAUCACGGCAACGACAGUCCUGUGCCAGGUCUUUGAUGUGGUGGAGAAAACAUACCAUGGGGAUGGCCUGCGCUACCUCAUUGACUUCCUGAUUCCUGCCAAGCACAUCCUCCAGUGUGUUCAGCAGGACGCCUGUGUUCCCUACUCUGGUUUGCUCUUUCGGCAUGAGGGCUGGCCCCUGUGCGUCCACGAGAAGAUUGUUGUCCAGCUGGCUUCCCUCAACUGGCGGAUCCUGAGGCCCGGAGACUUCUACCUGCAGGUGGUCCCCUAUUUGAAAAAGUCCCCACGAAUCAUUGUGAAAUGCUUGGCCAAGGACAGACAUAAUGUGGAGGAGCUUGUGGUCCCAGAGGUCUCUUACACCUCCAUCUUCACUGUGGAAUGGCUGAACGGCAUCAACGAGGAGCGGAGAGGAACGGCCCUGGAAAACUGCUUGCUUGCCACGGAUGAUCAAAUCUUCCGUGUGCCUUGGGACCAAAUAGUCAACCCAGAAUUCAUCGAUAAGCCCAAAGCCAUGGAAAGCGGUGUGAGUUCAGCCUCUCUGGCUGCAAGCUCUUCUCCUCUGGCCUUGUUGGCCAAGCAGCCCCAGAGCAGCUCCUCAGAGGAGAGUCCCCAGACUUUAAAAAGGGCCCUGAAGCCACCUGGAGACGGCUUGCUCAUGACCGCACCAGAGGAGUCCGCAGGAAGGACAGCUGCCAGCAGCACGGAAGAGGGACGCCCAGGGUUUGAAGAUGAGUCAGAGGGGACUCUUGGAGGGGAAUAUGUUGUGCUCACAGGGGCCUCCCUGCCUCAGUGUUGUCCUCGGGUGGCCCCUCUCAGUUAUUGCACUAAGCCCAGGACGACAGCAAAGGAUUGCUCAGUGGGCGAUCAGGACAGAAAACUCCAGACUGGAGUUUGUGCAGCGCUUCCGUCAACUCUAGAGGGGCAGCCGUGGAAUACUCCCGACGUCCAGGUGAGAGAUGCUGGGAAUUGUCUGGAGAAUGAAAAGGCUCUGGGAAAAGACCAGCUGCUCCUGCAGCCUCCUGGAGGACCCGAGGAGACCCCAGUCCCUACCACUGGCUUUGGAACCAUGGGGGAGUCUCCCCAGGGCGAGGGCUUCCAGGUGUGUCUGGAGCAUGAACUAGACUGGCAGUAUGCCAUGUGCCGCUACAGUGAUGGAGAGGAGGCUGAAUGCAAGCCUACCCCAGGAGGAGGAGGAGGAGGAGGAGCAAAAGCCACAGCCGAAGUAGUAACAUGGCCUUCCAGCACCAUCGAAGCCGCUGAGAGGAGCAGCUCAGGGUUGGAAAAUGGCCGCGAGGCUGCCGAAUGCUGUCCUGGGAGUGUUGUUCUAGGGGCAACGCUGGGCAGGGGCAGCAGACUCCCAGGAGAGGGUGGAGGGCCUGUGGACUCUGGGAAAGCCUCCCUUUCUGGAUCUCACGGGAGAUGUUUGGCCAUCAGCUGGAGCUCUGAGGAGGAGGACCCCGGCGUCUCCAGCUCAAGCCUGCAAGGAAGUCCCUUUGACCCUCAAACAGUCGAGACUUGGCCUGGAGGCCCUUUAUCUGAAGUGAUGUUGCUACACGGUCCUCCAUCUCGGGAACCACCAGCUGAAGUGGCAGGUCAUUCCGAAUGGCCGGUGGAAGGCCAUCUUCAACAGCCGAGGCAUGAGGGGGACCAAAGGCAAGCAGGCCCGUUAGUGGAGAGUGGCAGUGUGUUCGCCCCUCAGCCAUUGGCCGGUGGAGAGCAGCAGGCGGAGGGAUGCCAGGGGGAGGGGGAGGAGGAGGCCGGACAAGGGAACAGGGGCAGCCCAAAGCCGCCAGUGGAGAACGCCUCCCCACUUUACAUUCAUGGGGCAGCCCUGGAUGGCCCGGGAGCAGAGCCCAGGAGUAGCAGCUCUUCAGCAGAAGCCCGGGCGGAGGCACAGGGCUCCUUCCACCCCCUCCGUGAGGAAGAGACGGCAGCGUGCUGGGUGGGCCCCCCCUCCCACUGGCCUUGCGAACCAGAGGCCUCCCUGUUGGGAACCAGCCAGGAGGGGGAAUGCUUACCAGAGCGAGGGGAGGGAAGUGGCCCAACUGCUCCCCUGAAAGAAGAACCAGGCAUGUCAGCCCUUCAGGAGACUGGGCACAACUCUGGCUCCAUCAGAGCGCCGGACCAGCAUCCAGCCCAUUGUUUGGGCGAGGAGGAUGCAGCAGAACCCACACCUUCAGCGUCAUCAGCCGUCAAGUUGCCAGAGAGCAGGCAGAACCUCAUAAAUGGGGGUCAAGCCGCAGGUAAGAUUCUUAAUUCAGAUAUUGGACACAACAAUGGCAGUCAGCGAGGACUGUCGUCAUGGCCAUGGCAUCAACACGUCAUGCUUGAGAGAGACACCCUUGGUGGGCACCUCCUGGGGCAGAAGCUGGAGGAGAUGCCUGGAGAGACCCGCGAUCAGACCUCACAUCUGCUUGAAGGGAUGUUUCGGUUGGAAGCAAAAGCCUCCGUGAAACGGGCAGAGGAAGCCAGCAGAGCAGCUGGCGAAAGGACCCUGCCGCCAGCCAGUCCAGGCUGCACCUGGGAAGCCGUCCCCGCACCGGCCGCAUGCCCAGAGCAGCCUUCGGUGGCACCCAGGGGAGGUCUGUGCGCUGCCCCCACCUCGGUGAAGGAUGUCAACUGGGAGGUGCUGGAGAGUGGCGUUGCCUGCCUGCCAGGUACCAGGGACAAAGGUGGACGUGCGGUGGUGAUAGUCACCAUGAGGAACACUGCCUGGCUAAACCCUCGCUGCAACGCCAGUGAACUGACGUGCCUGCUCCUGUACCUACGUAGCACUCUCAGGCCGGAGUGCCAGGCUUUGGGCCUGACCGUUCUGGUAGACGCCCGGCGAUACUCUCCGGUCCCAGCCAUCUUUAAGGCUUUGGCUCUCCUGCAGGAGACCGUCUCUCACUGUGUCCACGGAGCCCUCCUGCUGGUUGAGAAAGAUGCUACCUUUCGGGUGGAGAAACCAGCAUCUGUGCAGUGUGAACUCCUCACCUCCCUGAAGUCCCUCCAGAAGCACAUUGAGAGCUCUCAGCUUCCCUUGGAGCUGGACGGGGCCCUUCCCUACUGCCAUCAGGACUGGCUGCACUUCCGGAUGCGCCUGGAACACCUGCUGCAUGGAUGCCGAGAGGCAGGCGCCUUCCUCCAGGGAGCCCUCCAGGCGGUGGAGUCCAGGGGAUGGCCAGAGACAGCUGAGAAGGCCCAGGCCUUGUUGCAGCGUGACAGGCAGUUAAUGAAGACGGUCUUGGAAGACCCACGGCUGGUUCGGUUGCAGCUGGAAGGUGGGGCACUCCUGGCCCGCCUGAGGAAGGACGUCUCCUCCGCGAUGGCUCUGUCGGAGGACUGCCGGUAUGCCCUGGCGGGGGCCACCACGCUUUACAACCAAGUGGACGAGGGCAUCCACCAGCUGGUGUUGGCUUCCAACAAGCGCAUCCAGACCCUGGAGCUGGUGAUAGACUUUGAGGCAUUUGAAGAUGCCUCCCAGGAGGUCAGCAGCUGGAUCGAGAACGUCGGCCAGAUGCGGCUCGUGGAGCUGAGCGGGCAAGACGGUUCUUUGGAGGCUGUGCUUCAAGUGCAAAGGCAGUUCCAGGACUUUGAAGUUGUUGCAAGAGGAUACUGCCACAAAGGUUGGGAAGCUCUGAAGAGGAUGGACAGGUGGGAAGGAGGCUUCUCUACAACGGAGCUUCAUGCCAGGUGUGGAGCCAAGCUGCAGGCCCGCCGUCACCACCUGCAGGAGUUCUGCAGCCAGCUGGAAGCCAGGAGGUGCUGGACAGAAAAGGCAGUCAAGCUCUACACAUUCCUGGAUCGGGCGCACAGCUGGGCCCUGGAGGGGAUGUGGCACCUUGCCCGCCUCAGCCUGGAGGACUGCAGCUCUCCGGAGCCUUGCUCAGCAGCCGUCGCGUGGUGGAAGGGCUACCAGGGGCAGCACCCCGACCUCAGCGACGCUCACUUCCGGGAGAUGAAGGAGGCCGCCGUGCAGCUGAAGAGCAGCCAGGCCCUCCAGCGGUGGCACUCCGCCUGGUCCAAGUGCCAGGAGGCCAGCCGGGGCCUGGAGAGGAAGUUGGGGGCUGUGCUGAGAGCCGGGAGGUCUGACUGGGAGACAUCAUCCUCAUCAUCCCUAGGGCAGGAGGAGGAGGAGGAGAAGCCGCCGAGCUGGCCCAGCCAGGAGAAUUGGCUGCCUCUGGAGGGGGCUGCCCACCCACCCCUGCCUCCUGAGACCGCUCCUGGCCACCCAUCGGGGUGGUCCAGAGGGAAGGGGUUGGGCGGCUGGGAGUGUCUCAGACCCAGGGGGCAGGGGGCGCCUGCUUCCUGCUCGAGUCCGUUGCUGGUGGAACCGCCUGGGCGGCCCGGCUCCGCCUGCGACGAGGAGGUCAUGCUGAGGGGCCUCCCGGAAGGAGCCCCAGAGGCAACCCCCUCCUGUCCCCCCACCCCAGUCUCCGCAGCGCAGCUUUUCCCCAAGCGGCCCCUGCGGAAAGCCCAGAGCUUUGACCUCGCCUGCACCGAGAGCCUGCGCGCUGCCUGCCAGCGGACGCUGAGCGAGCCGCCUCACUGUGGCAACACAGGAGUCUUUAUCAAAGGCCUGGAAGUCAGCAGCACGGAGAUUGCCGCCCGGCAGCACCCGGAGGCCUCGUCCGGCUGGGUGCCAGAAGAGCGGAGGAGCGGCAGCGUCCCCCUGAUGGAGGCCAAGAGCAGGGCCAGCCAACUCCGGCACAUUGUGGACGAGAUGGUGAGGACCGAGCGGGAGUACGUGCGCUCCUUGUGCUAUAUCAUUGAGAGCUACUUCCCUGAGAUGGAACGGGCAGACCUGCCCCAAGACCUGAGGGGGAAGCGGAGCCUCAUUUUUGGGAACCUGGAGAAGCUCUACGACUUCCACAGCCAGUACUUCCUGCAGGAGCUGGAGAACUGCUGCAACCACCCGCUGCGCAUCAGCCACUGCUUCCUGAGACANAAAGACCAGUUUGGGCUCUACGCCCUCUACAGCAAGAACAAGCCCAAGUCCGACUCGCUUCUGGCCGGCCGAGGAAACGCCUUCUUCCGGUUCAAGCAGCUGCAGCUGGGGGACAAGAUGGACCUGGCCUCCUACCUUCUGAAGCCCAUCCAGCGCAUGAGCAAGUACGCGCUCCUCCUCAAGGACCUGAUCAAGCACUGCGGGGAAGGCCAGGAGCAGGAGCUGGCCUACCUGCGAGCUGCCGAGGAGAUGGUGCGCUUCCAGCUGCGCCAUGGCAAUGACCUCUUGGCCAUGGACGCCAUCAGGAACUGCGAUGUGAACCUCAAGGAGCAGGGCCAGCUGGUGCGGCAGGAGGAGUUCAGCGUCACUGUCGGGCGCAGGAAGUGCCAGCGCCACGUCUUCCUCUUUGAGGACCUGAUUCUCUUCAGCAAGCCCAAGCGGGUGGAAGGCGGGCUGGAUGUCUACAUUUACAAGCGAUCUUUUAAGACGGCAGAUAUCGGCCUGACCGAGAAUUCGGGAGAGAGCGGCCUGCGCUUUGAGAUCUGGUUCCGGAGGCGGAAGUCGAGCGACACCUACAUCUUGCAGGCCAGCAGCGUGGAGACAAAGCAGGCCUGGACCCGCGACAUCACUAAGAUCUUGUGGGAUCAAGCAGCCCGCAAUAAAGAAAUACGCCGGCAGGAGAUGGUGUCCAUGGGUGUGGGGAACAAACCUUUCCUGGACAUCAAGCCGAGCGAGGCGGCCAUCCACGACCGGGCCAUUGACUACAUCAUGAAGGGCAGAGGAGCACGAACCCGGGCAUCCAUCGCCGUCUCCCUCUUUGACCACACCAGUCCAUUCACGAGAUCGCAGGUUCCUCCUCUGUCCGCCGGCGGGCCCUCCUCCUGCUCUGUGCUCGGCCCUCUCAACCUGCACCUGCACCUGGAUCGGGCCCUCUUGCCAAACCUGCUGUCCACCAGCCGCUCCUUUGAGGUGGAGUCCUGCCUCGAGGAGGAUGAGAUGGAGAACGAGACCAGCAGCCAGCCGUCCAUGACAACCGAGAGUUCGGAGUCCUCCCAGUGCCUGUCUGGAAGCGGCUCCAGUGGCUCCGACAGUGUCUGCGUGGCCCGUGCUCCCCGGGAGGGCUUCUGUGACGACCGGGGCUCUCCCCUGCCCCUCCUGGCAGGCCCUCCUUUCCCUUCGCUGCCCGAGGAGGAGAAGCCCCACUUCCCCAAGAGCCAGUACGUCUCUGCAGUCUGAAGGCCCAUUUCCCUGCUGUUCCAAAGGAGCCAGGAGGAAGGGACCGGACUGUUCCCCACACCACCCUCGGGAGGCCAGGCCCCAGGGAGGACCGCCUGUGUGUGGCCCGUGGCCGAAGGGCACCUGAGUGAGUGGGCCGCCCCUCCGUGGGCCACUCCUCCCCACCUUCUGUGCCAAGGAGGCUGCGGGGCCACCGUGUCCUCCUGAUGCUGUGUUGUGACUGGGCAAGGCAGCGGCUGGGACUGAUGCUCUGGAAGGUGCCCCGAGCCUCCAUAAAAGGUGUGGAGGUUUUUUUGGGGGGGGAUAGUGGGGCUCCGUGGGGUGGGGUCUGGCAGGGCCCCUUCUCAAAGAACGGCCGUGCAUCUGGACAAAUGGCCAUCGGGGAGAGAGAGUGGCUGGUUGGUCACUCGGUGAGUGCUUUUCUACCACAGGCUGCACAUUUUAAAGGUUUCUAAAGCACAGAAAGAAAGGAAGUAUUUCUUUUCCAAAAGCAGAGCACCGUUCUCUGUUCGUUGAACCUUGACCUCUGGACCAGUUCUCCUUGUUUAGCUUUUGCCUGGACUUAGGAUAAUUUAUUGCUUUGUCUUUCCUCUCGAGUUCUUGGUUAGCGGGCUCCACAGGUGCCUCCUUGACCCCCUGGCCGAGUUCAGUCACCUGGCCAGCCCCUGGGUGGGUUCAGCAGCCCCCUCUGACAAGCCCUUUUUGUUGGGGGCCAGGAGAUGAGAGAGCCUGCUCUGUCCAUGCAGUGGAAUUGGGGGUGGGGGGGAAUGGGCAGCACCCCUUAGCAACCCCAAAUUGGGGGCGGUGUGUGCGUAUGCGUCACAAGCUGAAGAUCUCUUUGCCUUCAAGAGAGAAAGCAGCCCUGGCCUUUCUUCCUGAUUGCAUUGCUUUCGAUGUGCAGGCAGCUGCCUGUUUCACAAGGUGGGGCCACUCUUUAAACAUCUGGCGCCCCUCCCCUGCGGCCCCACCCAUCACUACACAGCCUCCCAUCUCCCUCCUCUGCUCCAGGAGAGUCUCCUCCAUUCCCAGCAGGGCCCCCAAAUACUCUGCAGGAAUUCACCCUGCUCCGUCUCUUCCUGGGGGCAAACAAGCGCAAGGCCAGAGGGGGUGGAGGAAGUGUGGAGAGGGGACCGUUGCCUCUCGCCCGGCUUCUCUGAGGAAGGGCUGACAGGAGAGUUGGGAGCAUCUCUAGGCCCCUCGGGGACCCCCUGGCCCUCCUUGGCUUGAGGGUGUGAUCGCUGUUCUCUGCCAGGGUAGUUCUCUGGCCAGCCUUUCUUGUUCCUGUUGCCUUCAGAAAAUCCACAUGGCCCUUAUGUUAUUCCUGUACUUAAUAGACUGUUUUUGCCUCCAGUUAUUUCUACUCCUCUUUUUACCUGGUGUUUCAUUCCAGAGACCUUUCACAGAAUAGUACACGGAAAAUGGCUGGACUGAGAUUGAUUUAAAAGUUUCCAUGUUUUGGGUAAUAUUUCUUGGUUAGUCUAACAGAUGUUAUGGAGGGAAAAGGUGUGUUAGGAAACUGGAGGGAUCCAGGAGUGAAUUGGGGUUCAGCCUUUAUCUCACCAGGAGCUGAAAUGCCUCAAAUUGUUUUCAAUUUUUUUCAUUGUGGAAGGAAGAUCCAAGAUUAUUGUGUGCCUGGAACCAAUGGAAAGUUUGACUGAAUUAUUGAAUAAACUUGUUUCUUCUA